AUGGCAGACCACACACAUACAGGCCACCUAGCCGAGAAAGAAGGUGCCAGUGAUGCCAUGCACCAUGAGCACAAGGAGGGCGUCAAGGUAGAGACUCUUCAAGGCUCAGUGGCUCUGGAUAUUGCCAGGCGAACCAAUCCUCCGAAUCCAUGGAGUGCUCAGAUGAAAAAGCUAUAUUUAUUCUUGACUGUGGCAUAUCUUUGCUCGGCCCUAAAUGGAUUUGAUGGCUCGCUUAUGGGUGCUCUGCUUCCUAUUAAGCAAUUUCAAGACACCUUCGGUGCUGGCUUGGUGGGUUCGAAAGCUUCCUUGAUUCAAGGAAUGUACACCAUUGGAGGUGUCUGUGCGCUGCCGUUCGUCGGAGCUUUCCUGGAUACCUGGGGUCGCCGGUGCGGCAUGUUCGUUGGGUCCUGCUCUGUCAUCCUGGGUACUAUUCUUGGUGGAACCGCUAACCACAUGGAUCAAUUGCUUGCCAGCCGGUUCUUCCUUGGCUGGGGCUACUCCUUGGCGUCCGCUGCCGCACCCGCAUACGUGGUCGAGAUAAGUCACCCCGAAUACCGCGACAUUUUGACCGGUUUAUACAAUUGCCAGUACUUUGUCGGUGCCAUUGCUGCUGCUGGUGCUUGUCGCGGAUGCCUGAGAUUCGAAAGUUCCCUCGCCUGGCGCAUUCCCAUCUGGUGUCAGCUGAUUUCGUCCUCCAUCGUAGUGAUAACUGUUUGGUUCAUACCCGAGUCACCUCGUUGGCUUUAUAGCCAUGGGCGCCGCGAGGAAGCCUGGGAUGUUAUCACCAAGUAUCACGGCGAGGGGUCUAGGGACAAUGCUUAUGUCCACCUACAGGUCCGGGACUACGAAGAUGCGAUCAACCUCGAAGGGUCGGAUAAGAAGGCAUGGGACUUCAGAGAACUCGUUAACACGAAGGCCGCCAGAUGGCGCCUCACUUGUGUGGGUAUCGCAUCUUUCUUGAGCCAGUGGGCGCAGGCUGGAGUCACGAGCUACUACAUUGGCGGUCUUUUAGCCACAGCUGGUAUCACAGACACAACAAGGGUGCUCAACGUCAAUCUGGGCAACACGAUUCUUUCUGCUGGCGGAGCUUAUAUGGGAAGUUAUCUCGGCCCAAAAUUCAGACGCAGGCCUAUGAUGAUUGGCGCGUCUAUUGCUUGCAGUCUGUGCUUUGCGAGCUUUUCAGCCACAACCGGUGUAUACGCAGAGACAAAAGCACCAGGAGCUGCCACUGCUUCUAUCGUGUUUAUCUUCUUGACAGGCUUUUGUUAUAGCUUUGGCUGGACCCCAUUGCAGGCCAUGUACGCCGUCGAAUGUCUUUCAUACGAGACUCGCGCCAAGGGAAUGGCCAUGUACUCCGUCUUCACCAAUAUUGCCUUGCUCGUGAACCAGUUUGGAUUCGGAAAUGCCAUCAAUGUCAUUGGCUGGCAUACAUACAUCAUCCUAGCCGGUUGGAACAUUGUGCAGGGAGUGUUCAUCUAUUUCUUCGCUGUUGAAACAAACGGGCGGACCCUCGAGGAACUUAGUGAGAUCUUUGAAGCGCCCAAUCCCCGCAAGAAGAGUACCGAAACACAACAGGUAUUGGUGUCCGAGACGGAGAACCAGGUGGUGGAAGUAAAGGGUGCAUGA